UUCUAACAUGGAACUUAAUUAAUUGUUCUUCAUUUUCGUGUAAGUAAGCAAAAAACAAUAGAAGAAAUCUCUCUUUCUUUUUUUUCUCACCCUUUAAAGUGGUUCAACUACAUAAGCCACCAUCUCUAACCAAAAUAAAAUUAAUGUAUAGUUUUAUCUUGUAGUUACAACCACUAAUGUAUGACAUUAUUGUUUUUUUUUUGUAAUUAUUAUAAUUAUUUUUCAUUCAACAAAGCAACAUGAGCUAGAAGUUUCAUUAACCAUAUUUUUUCAUCUUAAAUUUAUUUGGGUUAUCUUUAAUAUCUAAGUAUAAACCAAUGUAACACUUUCUUAGUUUCUUUCACUUACCAAUAAUAAUAAUAAUAAUAAUAAUAAGACCAAUGGCUUCAACAACAACAACAUCAUCAAUCAGUGUUAGAUUACAAAUUCCAGGGAAUUUGUACAAAGCAGAGAAGAAGAACAACAAUGUAGGCUUGGCCAUAUCAAAUUGUUAUUACCACUCAAGAAAUGGUGCAUUAAUCAAGUUGAAACGACGGCGUUUUAGGGCUAUAGCAAGUGCUAGUAAAAGUCCUAAAAGUUUGGAUGCAAUUAAUGGAAAAAAUCUAAAUGGGACAUAUGUUGUAGAUAAAAAAAGUGAGAUUUUGACAGAUGUAAGUGUAGAUAAUUCUCCUCUUCAUGCUUAUUUACUUGGUAAAUUUGUUGAGGACAGGUUUGUUUAUAGACAAACUUUCAUUAUCCGAUCAUAUGAAACUGGUCCUGAUAAAACUGCCACUAUGGAAACACUCAUGAAUUUACUUCAGGAGACAGCUCUUAACCAUGUCACAUGCUCUGGACUUGCUGGAGAUGGAUUCGGAGCGACCCGCGAAAUGAGUAUCCGAAAGCUCAUUUGGGUUGUCACUCGGAUCCACAUUCAAGUACAAAGAUACAGUUGCUGGGGAGAUGUGGUUGAGAUUGAUACUUGGGUGGAUGCAGAAGGCAAAAAUGGAAUGCGUAGGGAUUGGAUUAUUAGAGACUACCAUACAAGAGAGAUCAUAACUAGAGCAACAAGUAUUUGGGUGAUAAUGAAUAGAGAAACAAGAAGAUUGUGUAAGAUUCCUGAACAAGUGAGACAUGAAGUUGCACCAUUUUACUUCCAUAGAGUAGCCAUUGCCAAAGAAAAGAAUGAUAGUGACAAGAUUGACAAGCUCAUUGAUCAAACUGCUCAGACAAUCCGAACUGGUUUAGCUCCAAGGUGGAGUGAUAUGGAUGCCAAUCAACAUGUAAACAAUGUCAAAUACAUUGGUUGGAUUCUAGAGAGUGUGCCAAGAAAUGUUUUAGAAGAGUAUUACUUAACAAGUAUGACUCUGGAGUAUAGAAGAGAAUGUAGGCAAUCAAAUUUACUUGAGUCGAUGACAAGUCCCACAUCGAAAGUGGAUGAAGAUUCCAAGAGUAAUUGUAUAAAAAGGAUGGCAGAUAUGAAAUAUACACACAUGCUUAGGAUGCAAGAUGAUAAGGCAGAGAUAGUAAGAGCAAGAACACAAUGGCAUUACAAAGAGAGUCAUGAUCAUCUAUCAAUAUGAUCUUUACACGUGGCAAUUUUCAUCACUAUGAUUAUUUUUUAUGAAUAUGUUUUUUUUUUUGGUUAUUUAAUGCUUUUGUUUGCUUGUUUGUUUUGUUUCUUGUACUAGUAUAUUUAUUUAUAUGGCCAUGUAAAAAUAUUCUAACUGCACUUUGUGUGUUUUCACAGUGCAUUGAUUAUAAGGUUCAAUAAGGAUUAGCUUAAUUAUUGUCAA